AUAUGUGACUUUGGUUUGGCUAGGAUAACGGAUCCUCGCAAAGAUCAUACUGGUUUCCUUACGGAAUAUGUCGCAACACGGUGGUAUCGUGCACCAGAAAUCAUGCUCAAUUCUAAGGGUUACACGAAAUCAAUCGAUGUUUGGGCUGUUGGUUGCAUACUUGCCGAAAUGUUCAACAAUCGGCCGUUAUUUCCCGGCAAACAUUACAUUGAUCAAUUGAAUCUCAUUCUUUGUGCACUUGGUUCACCAUCCCACGAAGAUCUGCAGUUCAUCUUCAACAUGAAGGUGGGUUUUUUAUCGGUUUUAUAUAGUAGCAUGUUCGUACCUCGGUGUAACAUUUAUACGACACGUGCGUUUUUGGCUCGAUUACCGCAGCGGGUAAAGCAGCCGUGGGCAACGCUUUAUCCAGAAGCAGAUCCACAUGCGUUGGAUUUGCUCGACAAAUUGCUCACGUUCAAUCCCCAAAAACGGAUCGACAUCGAUCAAGCGCUUGCCCACUCGUACUUCGAGCAGUACCACGAUCCAACUGAUGAGGUACUGACAGAGGGAUUCUUAAUUGUUUCUUCGUCACCAAUCGAAAUUCGCUGCCGAACUACUACAUUCCAGCCAGUGUGCGAGGAGCCGUUCACGUACGAGAUGGAGCUCGACGACUUGCCAAAGGAAAAGCUGAAAGGAGCUUAUCUGGCAAGAAACCGAAGCAUAUCACAUUCGCAUGCAAAAAGAAGCAGUGGAUGCCACGGCGGAAGAGCCUGCUCCCCUAGUGGCCGCCACUUCAUAGUCCAUGGAAAACGUUCACAGCACGUUUUCAGGCACGUUCAGCCGAAAAACGGCUAG